AUGUCCUCCCUCAAAGAUACUCUCACUGCCUCUGGAGGCACAGAGUCCGCAGGCUUCCUCAACGACAUCAUCGCCCAGCUAUGGCCAAACAUCAAUGUCGCGGCCGGAAAGAUCAUCAAGGAUACCGUCGAGCCUAUGCUCGAGCAGAUGCUCCCUGGUCCUCUGGCGAACUUGAAGUUUGUCAAGGUGGAGCUUGGACCUGUUCCCCUCAAGCUGUCUCAUGUUGAUGUCCACAAGACGACACAGGAGGGUAUCAAGCUUGAUAUGAACUUGGAUUGGGAUGGAAAGUGCGAUUUUGAGCUUGAUGGGAGCAUGGUUCCCAAGAUUGGUAUCGAGCAUGUCAAGCUCCGAGGACGACUUUCAGUGCUGCUGUGCCCUCUGACAAACGUCAUGCCUUUGAUCGGCGCCGCACAAGUCGCCUUCAUCAACCCCCCAUCCAUCGAGCUCGACUUCACAGACGCAGCCAAUAUCGCCGACCUCUCCAUCAUCGACAAAACCGUCCGAAAGGUCAUCCUCAACGUAAUCUCCUCCAUGGCCGUCCUCCCCAACCGCUUCCUCGUCAAACUCGACAACAGCAACGACUACUUCAAGACCUUCCAGCCUCACCUCGGUGUCCUCCGCCUCACUGUCGAGGGUGCUACCGAGAUCACUGGCGAGAAGAAGAGCGGAGCCAAGAAGCUCCUACAAAAGAUCAUCAAGGAUGUUCCUGACUGUUACUGUGAUGUCAACGUCGGUGCGGAGGGCGAGUGGCGCACCGAGACUAUCAAGAACAAGCAUGAUCCUCAGUGGAAUGAGACGCACGAUUUCCUGGUUACGGACUAUGAUCAGCAGAUCACCAUUGAUAUCAACGAUGAGGAUCUUGGUGGUGACGAUGAUAUCGGUAUCGCUACCACCACUGUCAAGGAACUUCUUCUGAACAAGGGUACUCAAACUCUUGGCCUUACCCACAAGGGCCAACAUCUUGAAACCAAGGUUACUAUCCACGGUAAAUUCUUCAACUUUGUCGGCGAAACAAAUAGCAUUUCUACCAACCAAAGCCGAAACGAGGGUGAAAUCUGCGGUCUAGCUACCGUUCUCAUCGCCAGCGUCAGUGGUCUGAACGGCAACCGCGAUGAGCUCAAGCCCAGCGUAAAGGUAACAUGGGGCGACAAAGAGUUCGUCACACCUGUCAAGUCCUACUCUCCUGGCACAGACAUCUUCAACCCAUCCUUCGACACAGCUUUCCGCUUCCCUGUUACUGCUGAGCAGCUUUCUAAUCCUUCUGCUUUCCGACUGGUGCUGCAGAAUGGUGCCAAUGAGCAGGGAAGUGUUGAUGUUCCGUUUAACAGUGUGUCUGGCGCUGAGGGUAUGGUGAGGGAAGAAGAGUUUGAUGUUGGAUCCGGUGUUACUGUCAGAGCUCGUGUUGCUGUUCGAGGUCUGCAGAUGGCGCAGUAG